AUGGCCAACCAUAACUGUGGGCAUGACGGGAUUGACCGCGCGAGUAAAAGAGGAAAAGAGUCAGUCAUUUCUUUCCCCUUUGUUUAUUUCCCCGCGAAACUCGGGAAGUGAAGGCCUGGGACGGGUUGGUCCAGCCAACCGGAAAAAAGAUUUUGGUCGAAUGUCGCUCAAAAUUGCUCGCAAGUCUCGCAACGAUUGCGGAAAUGUCGGGAAAUCGGGGGAAAUCGAAAUUGACGAUGGGAUUGCAGCCUUCCAAAAAACCAAAUUGGCAUAAGGCCAUCUUCGCCGUCAGAGAGAUCUUUCAAAAACACGUUUAUCAAACGAGAGGAAUGGCUUGUGCUGUCGAAGUGGGAAGCUCUAUUCGCUUGGUUACUUGGCGUGGUGUAGUAGACAACGCUGACUGCAACAACGUGGUAAUGGACCACCUUCCAGAAAAUGUUUUUAAGUAUGUACCAAAAUACCGUCUCCAAAAGUCAGCGGUUACGACCUGUGGCAGUUUCUCGUUUCUUUCCGUGAAUUGUAGUGAAAACUUUCCUAUCCUACAGAGCAAAGUUCCAGGAGACGAAAUCAAAGCAUCAAACCUUACUGCGUACUCGUUUUCAGGAAAAGAGACGAUUGAACUGAAAUUCAGGUACAACGAAAGUAACAAGGCACACGAACUAAUUACCACUGGUGAUGAAUGGGAGAAGCGAGUUACGGAGAAAACAUCCCUUCUGGGAUCCCCAAUUAUUGAGAAAGCCGGGUUCGUUGUUGGCGUAGUUGGCGUGAGUGAUGAUGGGAAAAUUGUUCCCUUUUUCAUAACGGAAAAGGAAUUGGAUCAUGAAAACAAUGCAACAGAAGAAACAGAAAAAGAAGACAAAGAAAAGAAAAGUGCUUUAUUUGUCCCUGAAGGUAGAGGUGCAGCUGAUGAUAAUCUUGGUAUGCAGUUUUUUGUGUUUAACUUAUUAAUGACCUUUACCGACACUACCAUAUUUGGGAGGGACUGAAAUGUCAUUUUGCAUCAACCUCAGUUCCAGGGUUUCUCUAUUCCUCCCCCUCCCUGGGGUGAUCAGCCAUUGCUGUUCUAGAGCUGCCUGGAAUUUCAGGACUUUGAUAACUGGCCGCUUAACAAUAACGGCUGGUUGCUCAACAGGUGGCCACUUAAGAGCGAUUUGACAGUACAUGGAUGUACAGUUCAAUAUAUUGUAAGAUGAAAGUAGCUAACAUCAUUUAAGUUGUAUUUCAAGUAGAACUGCUGAUAUAACUUGAUCCUACCCUUACCCCACUUAACCAGCCCUUCCUAUAUCAUCUCUUCAAAAUGCCUCACUUACCAGCUUAACUUCCCCAUGAAUGUGACUGCUUUUUAAAAAAAAGGUGGCUUACUACAGUUUUUCUGAGAUUCAGUGGCACAUGCUAUAAUUGCCUGGUUGCUAGAUGUCAGUAUUUAAGGUGCGCAUACAAAAAUGAUGCAAGCAACCCUAAAAAGAAAUGAAAACAACUUCAGCACUGGAAUCAUGUUAAACCAAUUUGGUAUACAAAGCAAUACAUGUUAUAUCAAACUGCUUUCAAACAUGUGCUUACUUAGCCUAUAAUCGUGGACAAAAGUCCUUGGGACACUUAUGUAAUUUAACAAAUUAUCUGUGUUUUACUACUGAAGUUUGAAAAAGGCGCUGCUUUCCUUUUUAAAACGUAUUGCUCUUCCCUCUCUUGGCACCUCAAUAUCUUUGUACUCACUGAAACACACCGUAAUAACUGUUAAGGUGAUCACUAAGAUUGACUUAAAUACCAAAUUUGUCAUUUAAAUACGUGAAGUAUCUGCGCAACUGUACAUUACAAUGUAAACAAUUCAUUAUGUAUCCCAAUCAAGCAACUCCAUUAUCACUGCCAUCAUAUACAAAAGUUUAUAUAUUAUUUGAGAUCAACACCUUUCCCGGUGGGUCCAAAACCAUUGAAAAAUACGGAAGAGCCAUGUAAAAGCUCUUAAAAAUGCCUUUCUAAUCUCAGAUGGUCACACUAUCAGGUCCUAAAUGCAUUUAGUGCUAACAAACGGCGUAAUUGUGCAUCUCUCCAUGAGACAUGAAAAUCAGACAAUUGUGGACAAAAGUCCUUGGGACACAUGUAUUUUAAUGAAUUAUCUGUGUUUUAC